AUGCCACCGCCAUCAACAAUCAAAGACAUCGCACCUCCCGAAGCCCUCUCCACCAUCGCGGGACAAGGCUUUGCCAGCGGUGCCGUCCGCUUCGGAUCCAUCUCCUUUCUCGCACACCUACUGCUCAACGCGCGACACCCGGUCUACCGCAGGCUCACGAUCCAGUUCAAAGUCUUCAUCCAGAUUUCGUCCAUGAUUCUGGGCGGGUGUAUAUUUGCAGAGAAGCGAGUCAGCGAAUUCAACGAUAGCGUGCGCAGGCGCAACCGAGCGCUGGAGAGGUCGAGGCGGGCGUGGAGUGAGGAGGCGGAAAUUCGUGCCAUGGUGGAGAAUAGGGAGAGGCUUGCAGCAGGAGCAGCGACUUCCCCUUCUUCACCGGGCGGUAUAGUUGAUAAAGUGAGAAAUCUCGAGAGAAGCAAGAGUGAGGAUUGA